UCCGCUGUUUUUACAAUUAGGUGCUUUGUGCAAUUUUCCUUCCCCACUUAAUCCUUCGCAGCCUAUAGUUCUACGGCUGCCAGCUGUAUUCCACGCCUGAACUUUCCUUAUCUCACGUCACCGGGUCGGAGCUGGACCUUGCCCCAUCGCCCUGUCACUAUGAUCCUGGCCCAGUUUCACGCAAGUGGCCCUUAAGAAUCCCCAGCGUUGCUACACCAGAAGUGGGGCGGGGAAGCAAAAGGGUCACAGGAGUUCGUGGCUUUUAGCAGUAGCCAUGCCUCUCCCUGUGGAAGUGCUUGUAAUUGGGGCUGGGAACCGGGGACAGAUUUAUUCAUUCUUUGCCAAGGAUUUUCCAGAGCGAAUGAAGGUUGUGGGAGUCGCAGACUGCCGCCAAGUUGCCAGACGGAAUUUGCAGAGGAAGUACUCAGUAGCAGAUUGUAAUGUCUUUGAUGAUUGGAGGGGAGCUGCAGCACGGGAGAAGUUUGCAGAUGCAGUGAUCAUAGCAACACCUGACAAACAGCACAAGGAACCAGCAGUGGCAUUUGCAGAAAAAGGCUACCACAUCCUGCUGGAGAAACCCAUGGCUGUGACUGUUGAUGAUUGUAAGGAUAUCGUUGCUGCAUGCAAGAAGCACAAUGUGAUUCUUUCGGUUUGCCAUGUCCUGAGAUACUCGCCAGUGAUUAUAAAAAUAAAGGAGCUGCUAAGCCAGGGAGUGAUAGGAGAAGUGGUCCACAUCCAACAUCUGGAACCUGUUGGUUUUUAUCACUUUGCUCACUCAUUUGUCCGAGGGAAUUGGAGAAAUGAGCAGGAGAGCACCUUCUCACUAAUGGCUAAAUCGUGCCAUGACAUUGACAUCAUCAACAGCUUGGUUGGAAAAAGGUGCAUCAAGGUUUCAUCAUUUGGAUCUCUCUCACAUUUUACCAAAGAAAAUAAGCCUCAGGGUGCUGCUUCCCGGUGCUUGAAUUGUGCUGUGGAGCAGAGCUGUCCAUACUCUGCCAAGAAACUUUAUCUGGAAGGUGUCAAGAAUGGUCAUAAAGGAUGGCCUAACUCGACUAUCUGUGAAGGCACUGAUGUUGAUAUUGAGUCGGUUACUAAGGCACUUUGUGAAGGACCAUAUGGGAGAUGUGUGUACGAAUGUGACAAUGAUGUUGUCACCCAUCAAGUUGUGAAUAUGGAGUUUGAGGGGGGAGUGACAGCAGCUUUCACUAUGGUGGCCUUCACUGAAAAACUGUGUACCAGGAGCUUAACAGUUUAUGGAACUAAGGGUGAGCUCUCAAGUGAGGGCCAGGAUCCAGUGAAAGUUUUUGAUUUCCUUACACAAACAAAGAAAGAAUACGCCUUGGAUUAUUCUAUACUGCAACAAACCCAGUUGAGGGGGCAUGGUGGAGCUGACUACUACCUGAUGGACAGCUUUAUACAGGCUGUAGCUGAGAAUAAUCCAUCACUGAUCAGGACAGGUCCUGAAGUAACCCUGGCCAGCCACCUGUUGGUGUUUGAUGCAGAGUGUGCUCGAAGAGAAAGUCGCAUUGUCUACUGUAAUCAGGCAGAAUAAUCAACAGCUGCAGU